UUCGUUUGGCUCAAAGCCUAGCAAAUGCGAGUGAAGUUAUUCUAUCGCCAAAUUGCUGGGAGCUCUGUGACCGGAACAUGAUUGAAACUGAAAGAAUUAAAGGUCAAAGAGCUGUUAAGGUUAGAUACUUAAAGAACAUUUUUCCACUGGAUUCGCUUGCCUUUAAGGAAUAUACACACUACCUACGACACUAUCCUGAUGCUAGGAAUUUAGGAGUCCUUAGAAAAGUCUCUAUGGUGGAGGGUAACAAUGAACUGGAAAAAUGCCUACGGAAAUACGUGAUGAGGAACAUUCUGAAGAAGAUUGAUGAUAAUCAGCCGCUGGAAUAUUUAUCUGAGCUUCGACCAGUCACAAUUGUCUUUGUAAACCUUCAAUUUGAUGAAAGCGCCAACACAAUGCAUCUAAGCAAGGCCAUCCAGGAUGCCAGUUUACGUAUUGCAGAGCUCAUACACUCCCACAGAGGCAAAAUCAAUAAAGUCUUCAUGUUUGACAAAGGUUGCACAUUCCUGUGUGUGUUUGGACUUCCUGGAGACAAGCAGCCAGAUGAGACCACCCAUGCCUUGGACAGCGCAUUUAAAAUUUUCAAGUACUGUUCUGCAAUGCUUAUGAAAAUAAAGCUAGUUUCCAUCGGGGUUACCAGUGGGCCCGUGUUCUGCGGCGUGGUUGGCCAUCGUGUCAGACAUGAAUACACAGUAAUUGGCCAGAAGGUGAAUCUUGCUGCCCGGAUGAUGAUGUAUUAUCCGGGGGUAGUAUCCUGUGAUGCAACUACCUAUACCAGCUCCCGGCUGCCCAAUUACUUCUUCAAGGAGCUCCCUCAGACUGAGAUGAAAGGAGUUGCAAAUCCUGGUGUGGUCUACCAUUAUCUUGGCAUCAGUGAGAAGACGACAAUUGGGAAAGCAUCUCUCACCACAGAGCGCUCUGAGUAUUAUCCCUUGUUGGGCCGGGAAAAAGAGAUUAAUCUCUUUCAGACUUCAUUGAAAAAGUUCAUGGGUUCUACAGAAGGCUGUGUUAUAAUGUUUGAGGGUCUUAUGGGCUAUGGAAAGAGCCAGCUGCUUACUGAAAUUGCCCAUUUAGGCAUGGAAGCUGGACAUAAAGUUGUUGCUAUGGAACUGACGAAGAUAAAUGUGAAUCAGAACUUCUUUGGCAUCCGGGCACUCAUGGCCAUGUUCUUGGGGAUUGAUGCCUGUAAAUCUUAUGAUGCAAGACAGCACACCCUCCAAAGCAAACUCCGAGAUGUGGCAGAUGAGACCUGCUAUUGCCUCCUGAAUAACCUCUUUCUUGUUAAGUUUCCCAUCUCCGAGGAGGUUUCUAAAAUGGACAGUGAAGAAAGAAAAAUAAAAAUGGAAAAAUUUCUUAUGGAAAUACUACAGAGAGCAGUAAAGAAAGACCUUCUCAUUUUUGUCAUUGACGAAGCCCAGUUCAUUGACUCUGCCUCCUGGGAAUAUUUGGAAAACUUGCUCUCCAAGGUCCCAAUCUUUAUGAUCAUGGCAUUAUCACCUUUCCACUACAGAGCACGGCAGCCUUGCCCCUCUGCAGUAAACAUCAUAAAGAGCCCCCAAACCACUUAUGUUCAGCUGAGGGAGCUGAAGCCUUCUGUGAUCCUGCAGAAAGCUUGCCAGGACCUUGGAGUAGUUAGUAUCCCUAGGGAAUUAGAAACGUUCUUGAUACAAAGGAGCCAUGGAAUCCCAUAUUAUUGUGAAGAGCUGCUACGGAACCUCUAUUUACACAAUGCCCUCAUGUUCCACGUGCUGGAUGAAGAGGAAGAAAUAGAGGAUGAGUGGGAGAGACUUUUUACCAAUCCAGUCAAAGGCAUGACCUUCAAAACAUCAUCAUCCAUCAGUUUAGAGAGCGCAGAGAAAGAGUUAUACAUUUGUACCAUCUGUCAGAAUGUGAAGUUGCAGAAUAUAACACUUCCCCCUUCAUUAAAAGGAAUUGCACUGGCUGAGAUAGACAACAUGAGUCCUUCGGAGCAGAUGGUUGUGAAGUGUGCAGCAGUCAUUGGGCAAAAUUUCACUACGGAGCUGCUGUUCCACAUCCUCCCAGAAUGGACUAAGAAUAAGAUGAUCCAGACCCUGGCAGCCUUGGUUGAGGCCAACAUCUUCAAGUGUUUCCAUCAAGGAAGGGAAUUCCAGAUUGCAGUGGAACAUGAUUUAUCCUCAUUAGAUAUUUAUGAUCCUGUAAGGAAAAUGAAUUUAACAGGGAAAGAAACAGGUGUCCAAAUGUCUGUGGCUAACAGAAUCAGACUGGAGCAGGCAGUGAUGCAGUGCAGCGGCAUGGGGUUCUGCAUGGCCUUGAUGCAGGAAGCAGCCUACGAGCUCUGGCUGAAGAGCCAGAAAGAAGCAUUACAUCACAAAUGUGCUGCUUACCUACAGAAGCAGGCCCACAAAUGCAAGCGUUGUGGCGAAGGGGACUUCAUUUCAUUCCACCGCUAUGCAAUUGAGAUGACGCUAGAGAUACCAGAUGACCAGGAACUUGUUUUUGAGGAACCUGAGGAAUAUCCAUUCAGUGAAGCAGCCUCAUUGGUUACUGCCAUAGCUCUGGGAAAAAUCGAGUCUCCUUCAUUUGAAGGUAUAGACCGAAAAGUUGUGCCUGCUGAGAUGUGUUCACAAGAAAAUAACACAGAGUUAAAUGAAGAAAUCCCUGAAUCACGAAAUAAGCUCAAUACUAUCUUUUCUGGAGUGCAGUCGUAUUUAGACACUGCAGCUGUGGUUAUGCGCACCAUCUCUAGACAUUCGCCUUCUAGAAUUUUCAGGCCUCUCGAUGAAGAUAUCCAUAUGCCUAUUUUUUCCAGGAGACAUGGGUCAGUUGCACAAAAUGCUACAGAAGAUCACCAUAUUUCUGCUUUCUCCAGGGGAUUGGGGUCAAUUAUUCCACACAUUGCAGAAGACAUUGGAAGGUUAUUAAAGAAAGAUGGUACUUUGCUAGAAGAAAAUCUCAGAGCUGAAGCUGCACAAAAGGAGUUUUUGGAUAGGAUGGAUGAGAUCAUUCGUCUUUUUGGCCAGGGUAGAGGGAAGAUCACAUACAUGGCAUCAUGUGAAUGUGAACAGAUUGUGGCAUCCGUGUUUAUGCCCCUUGCCCGGCACUGCAUGGCAAUAGGAGAUGAAGACAGAGCCUUGUAUUACUUGUUGGAAUGUGCAGCUGCAUACUUACGCCUUUCAAACAAUUAUAUGGCCUUUAUGAAUCUGAAUAUAGCCGAGAGCCUGAUCAAGUCACUGGAUCCUAGAAGGAAUGUAAUUAGCCCAUUUGAGGAAGCCACUUUCUACAGCCUUAAGGGCGAGGUGUGCUAUAAUAUGGGCCAAAUGAAACUGGCAAAGAAAAUGUUCAAGAAGGCUUUGAGUUUACUUGGCAGGAAGUUCCCACUUACUUCAAUUGGAGUCUUUUUUAAGACCGUGACAGAAAUGUCAAAGCAUGCAUCUCAACAGAAGAACCAGCCUUGUCCGCAUCCUAGCAAUACUGGGGAGAAGAAACUAGCUUGUCUGUAUCAGCAGAACCACUGCCUUUCCUUAUUGUGGCAGAUCUUCAGCCAGGACUCUGCUAACACCAGCAGGAAGUUUUCUCAGCUAGCAGCACUCAUGAGUGUGAACUCAGCAGAGGAAUCGGAGGACGAGCACCAGAUCAUUUCAUCUUACAUAGAAUAUGCACUUUGCUGCCAGACAAUUGGUUGCCAAGAUGACUGGAUGAAAUAUGAGUUGAUGGCCAUCCAACGUAGCUCUCACCUAAAGCUGGUUGGAGGAGGGCUAUUAACCACCAUUAAAUUAGCACAGUCUUUGGCCUAUAUAAAGCACUGUUUAGGUAACCUGCCACUUUCAAUUGAAUUAGGCUAUCGAGCCCAUGAAAUCUGUUUGCAUCUGAAGAAACCCAACCAGGACUAUAUGAUUCUUAGCGUACUUUUCCAAUCCCUCUUUCUGAGCAUGAGAAACCAGGAAUGUAAGCAAGUGCUGCAGUGGCUGGAGAAGUUGGCCAUUCGAGAGGAGAAGAUCCUUGCGCAGGCUUGUCUUUUUUCGAGCUGUCUAGAUCUCUUGCUUUAUGCUGGGUGGACAUAUAAGCCAUUUAAAGAGUGCCUGGAAUUUGUACAGCAAAAUGAAACAAACUGUAUCCUUAUGUCUCAGAGUGGCAUAAUGCUUGGACUCUACUCAUCCUUGGCCAUUUGGUUUGCCAGACUUCAGCAGUGGGACAACUUCCGAGAGCCUUUUGAAAAGGCCAGACGGUUAAUGAGGAGAACUAGUGCCUCGCUCUUUGCUGCUUAUGGAUGUUGCAGUUUCUUGGAGUGUCACAUCCUUCGGCUACAUAAUCACGCUGAGAUUAAACCUCAAAAGGUCCGAGAGACACGUACCAGGGUGCUAAAGACCUUGGAAGAAGUGUUCUCUCGAUGCUCUACAAGCCCUAUCUAUUAUGCUAGGAUUUACCACCUGAAAGCCUAUGUUUUUCUGAUGUUGGGUCAUGAAGAGCAGAGUCAGUUCUACCUGGAGAAGGGGCUGGAAGUCAGUGACAUGUAUGGUAACUUUUUGGAGAGGUCCUGGCUGGAGAUAAGCGAUGAGUGGUGGUUCACUGCAAGAGAGCCAAUGGAAGACUUAUGGCUGAAGACAGCUCCGGACUUUCCCACAUGGGAAGGAGACCUGUCAGAAGCAGAAAUUAGAAAGUUCCAUAGAACCAAAUACCUCAUGAGGGCACCUGCUCUGGACGUAGACAAUCCUUUCCCAGAAGAAAAGUAACAUGAAAUGGCCUCUUCAAAUAGCCUACACUGCUCAGACCAGUGUUGCUGCAGAGCCUGACAUGGGAGCCUGACAUGGAUCAAUGUUUUUCUGCCUACAGAUCAUUCCUUGCUCCUUAAUAAGUGAAUUAAUUUAAUUAAAA